AUGACCCUUACCGUUUCUCCCAGUGACAGUGACCUUUAUGACAAAUCUGAGGAUUCAUGGUGGCAUUGGAUCAAGUGGAUUCCCACAUCGAAUGAAAAAUUGGUACAAGCUGAGGACAAAAUUUUACAAAGAUGUAAAUGCAAGCUUGAAAAAUUUUUCCUUCCGAUUUUUAACUCAACUCUAUUCCUAAGAACCAUUAUCGCGAGGAAUUGGUACUCAGAUGAUUGCACCGAAUUUGAGUCUCGUGUGCCUCUUGUUCUUAUUCAUGGUUUUGCUUCGGGUGUUGGGUUAUGGUGCAAGAACCUUGAUAGUCUCUCUGCAUCCCGCACUGUUUACGCGUUUGACAUGCUUGGGUUCGGUCGCAGCUCUCGACCUCCCUUUCCGAACACCGCUGAAGAAGUUGAAAAUAAAUUUGUCGAAGUCAUUGAGGAGUGGCGCAAAACCAUGAACUUGGACAAAUUCAUUCUGCUUGGUCAUAGCAUGGGUGGAUUCCUUGCUUCGUCCUAUGCACUUAGCCAUCCAGAAAGGGUUGUUCAUCUUGUUCUCAUUGAUCCAUGGGGAUUUAUUGGACAGCAAGAAAGUACGACCAUUCCAGUUUCUGGAUUUCGUGCCUGGCUUCUCAGGAAGCUUAGUUCGUUUCGUGCAUUGGCAACAAUGCGCAUGGUUGGACCUUUCGGUCUAAAUGCUAUGCGCAAAGUCAGGCAGGAUUUCGAACAGGUUUUCUAUCAGCAGCCAUGGCCAUUAGAUGAGGUAGAAAUGUUACCUCAGUUGGGGGAGAUCCAGUCGGAUAUCAGUGAGCCUACUGAGCGACGUUCGGAAUUGCCACUCAAAGCCUCCUCUGUUGAAACCACCCAAACCUCAAUUCAUAAACAAACAAAGAACAAUACCGAUUUCGACUCCAUUUCUCCAUUUGAUCCAGCUGUAGUCUACAAUUAUAUAUAUCACAUAAAUGUUCGGCACCCUAGCGGUGAGGAUGCCUUUAGAAGCAUGUCGCAGGUGCUUGGGUGGGCAGCUCGUCCCAUGCUACACAGAAUCCCCCUCCUGGACUCCGACGUCCCCAUUACAUUUAUUUACGGCGGACGCUCGUGGGUUGAUAUGUCAUCCGGCCUCAGGGUGCGCUCUCUUCGACCCAAUUCAUACGUUGAUGUCAUGGUAAUUGAAGGGGGCGGGCACCACGCAUACGCCCAGUACGCAGAUGAAUUCAACGCCUACGUGAAUGCGAUCGCCCGUCUGGUCGACCGUGGACACGACUUUCGCCCGGGCAGUGAGGAAUUUGUGCAGCUGGAGAUGACACCUGCCGAGGUGACGACACCCCCUUCGCCACCAGAGGCCUCCGGCAAUCAUAUUCGUCGAAGCUCUAAAAGUGGCAUCACUACCUCAGGCGGCGAAAAGACGCGCAGACAGCGUCCCAGCCACUCAAACCUGGCCUUUCAACAGUUCUCGACAGUCUGCCCCGUCGACGCUAGCGACGAAGACUCCUCGAGCUGA